UUUUAUAAACACUGUACCUUGUUUGGAGGGCUGGUGUUGUAUUAAUAGUUUUAAGUUUGUUUUCUCUCAUUGCUGGCUGCAAAAAGUGCAUUUAUAAUAGUUAUUGGAGAAUAAGUAUGUUUCUAAAUUUGGAGGAAUAUUCAAAGUGAACAGAUGUUCCAUACACCUAGUUUUGGUGAAGAGGAUUACGAUUUCCUUCAGGAGAAACCUGUCAUUGGUUUAAAGCCAUCGAUUGGUCAGGAAAUAAAUGUAACAGACACGUCAAGUUUUUCAAACAGUUUUGACUUUGACUUCUCUCAAAAUCUGCAGUUUUUCCGUCAGCAACAGCCAACGUUUCUGACGACAGUGUCAAGGUCACAGUAUACCAACAGUAUUAGUAAUUCACAGCCGGUCAGCUGUCGACCACCACAGCAACAACAACAAACAUUACAACAGCAGAUAUAUGAUUUGAAAACAUCGGUGCCACAUAAUCAAAGACUUUACACAAUGGCAUCGCAGAGAGAUUCUAUUUUUGAAUCUUUAGAAAAUAUAACUCCAAAGUUCCCGCCGCAGGAUGUAGAUAUACCAGAUAUUAGUUCUGCUAACGGAACGGAAACAACAUCGUCAUCAGUCUUAAGUUCAGGAUUUUCGUCCGGUCAGAUGUACGGUCAAUCAAACAUGAACACUUCACCAAGGACUCAUCCAGAUAUUGGGAUGCAUGCAGUGUUGCCUGCGCGUACAACAACGAUGUCGCCGACAAGUUCCUCCGUAUCAAACACAUCUAAUGUAUCUGUACCAGCAGAAAGUAGCGAAGAUAGUGAUGAUAGUGUACCACUUGCUCAGCUGGUUAAACGACAAGCUCAAGAUGAGGCCCCUCCUGCGCCAAAGCCAGCACCCAAGCCAGCAGGGGUUAAGAAAUCAAGAAUGCAGAAGAAAAAGAAGAAGAAAGAUCCAAAUGAACCACAAAAGCCGGUGUCAGCAUAUGCCUUGUUUUUCCGAGACACACAAGCGGCCAUUAAAGGACAGAACCCAAACGCAACAUUUGGAGAAGUUUCAAAGAUUGUUGCUUCUAUGUGGGAAGGCCUCGAUCCAGAUCAUAAGAAUGUGUACAAAAAGAAGACAGAGAUGGCAAAGAAAGAAUAUUUGAAGCAGUUGGCAGCAUACAGGGCUAGUCUCGUCUCUCAGACACGAAUGGAAGAAUCUCCUUCACCCCCACAUAGAUCACCAACGGGGACGUCUCCACAGCACAUGAUAGGCUACAUGAAUAGUAUCAGCCCACAACAUAUGGGCAGCCCGGCACACAUGGGAUCCCCAGCUCAUAUGGGCUCACCUGCACACAUGGGCUCUCCUGCUCACAUGGGUAGCCCGGCUCAAAUGGUACCUCAGAGCCCACAGCAUAUCCCUAGUCCACAUCACAUGACAAGUCCACAUCAUGUCCCUAGUCCGCAGAACAUGAUGGGUCACCAUGUGACUAGUCCACAGCACAACACCAUGUACAAUCCGCAGUCGCCUCCACAGUAUAAUAUGGGUGGAUAUAACAACGGUCAAUCUAUGGACAUGGUAGAUAAUGGUGGAAUGAGGUUUGACUCUCAACCACUACCACCAACUGGGGGCAAUGCAGGUCGUAUCAUGGCAGGCGGUAUGUGUAUCAGAAAUGGUUGUGGAAAUAGGGCAAUAGACAACAUAGGCUGGGACAGUGAGUACUGCAGCAACGAAUGUGUUGUCUCACAUUGCAGAGAUGUGUUCACAGCCUGGGUUGCAAACCGUCAGGUUCCUUCUAACGCAUUUGCUGUGAAGUGAUUCAUGAACUCGAGGCAGCUGUCAUUCUAUAUGAGACAUUCCCACUGACUCAAGGAUUGAAAGCAGUGUACGCCAUUGUGGCAUAGAAAUGAUAUUAAGAGCUGGAUGUUUUGUUUCUGACAGCAGUACAUGAGAAGUACAUGUGCUGAAAUCUUCAAAGAGUAUUUGAAAUGAAGAAAGUUUCAUUGAAAAUUUUCUUGCAUCAGUGUUUCAUCUGGAAAUUCUACCUUAUUUUUGCAUACAGUUUUGCCUGAUUCAGAUAAUAAUGUUAUAUCUAAAAUAAAAUCAUGUACUAAUGAAGUGUCUGACUGUUAAAAACAGUACUUCAGAUCUUUCAGAUCAUGAUGUUGAAUUUUUAUUCAGUUAAAAAAAAAACAUUUGGCAGGUUGGAGGGAGUUGGUGGUAGAAAUUUCGUUAAGGGAGACACAAGAUGCUUGAGUCACUUUGAUUACUAUUGUUUGUCCUCAAAGUUUAAAUGUAGACAACAUUAUAAAAACUAUACAAAUUCAGCAGAGAAAUGACAAGCAUAUCUUAUAAUUAUAAAAAAAUAUCUAAAACAUUUUAAAGACAAAUGUAAUGGUAACCCUACGCAGUUAUAAACCCUUAUCAUGCUGGACACGAUUGAUUCUGCCUUUGCGACCAGUGUAGAUCACGAUCUGCACUGUUCGCCAUUCAGUCAGUAUCUUUUGGUAAGCACCCCUUUUAACAGUUAAUGGUACUGUCCAAAUUGAAAGGUGGACAAGUUCAUUAUAGAAAUUUAGCAACUGGGCAGUUAAUGUUAUGUCUUGCCACAUAUUCCUGGUAAAGCAAAAUUGCUAAUUUAAUUUGCUUUAUCGAAGUGUUCUAAAAACCAUAGUUUCUACUAUCGACUGAGCUAUGGUAUAAUGUAAAAAGGUGCUAUCUGCAUAUGUACAAAAAAAGAUGGAUAGCAUAUGUUUGCUCUGACAUAGGUAGUUCAUCAUAAUCAAUUUGUGUGUCUGUAUGUAUGCCUAAGUCGAAAAACUGCUUCUAAGUAUUUAAUUAUGUUUGUUCUAUAAUUGUAUAUAGCAAUUUAAUGUAACAAACAGUUAUGUUAAAUAUUAAUUCUUCGAGCACAAGAUUAAAUGGUUUUGACAAAAUUUAAUAAUGACUGGUUUUAGGCAUCAGUUGAUGGAGUUUUAGUUUUAAGGUGCAGUAAAUUAGAGUUUUACAUGUUUGUUUGGAUUUAAUUUUGUGGCUUGUCACAACAACAAAGUCCACAAGAAUUAGUCAUCACCCACCAAUAUUUAUGAUUUUCCAGUAUUUCUAUAAUAAUCUGAUCUAGAAAGUGUUUGAUUGUGUUCUAUAAACAUUUAUGGCAAUGUCAUGUUAAAGAAAUAAAUUGAAGAGCAUUUAACUUUGAAUGUAAUUGGUUAGGUGGCAUUGUAUUGUGUCUCCAGGUGCCAUUGUUCUAUAUAGCGGAGAAACCUCCAGGUGCCAUUGUUCUAUAUAGCGGAGAAAAACCUUGAGUUUUUCUGCAGAAAGUCUGAAAAACAACUUAUUUUUGUUGAAUUUUACAGCAUUUUCCCAGUUUGUGGAGAAAGUAAAACAUAUGCAAAAUGGUUUUAUCUUCUUCUGUAAUUCAUAUAAAUUACAACCAAUCUACAUUGGUCUUGAAAGUAACUUGGUAAUCAGAUAUCUUUAAAGAAGAUAUUAAGAAUAAUUAUUGUGUGUUUUGUUACAACUUAUUUCAGAAAUUUUUCAUCAUGUUCUAAUUUACGAAUGUAAACAAUAUUUUUAUAACUAAUUUGCUGACACAUGGCAAUUUUCAAAACUAUAUUUUUGGCCGCAGAUGAGUAAAUGAAAAUAUUACCUUAAAGAAUAAUUCAGAUUAAAUUAACAUUUCUGUCAUGUUUUUUUUCACACAGAUUUUUUUUUAUUUCUUUCUCAGUAACCAUGGUAAUGAAUUUAGAUAAGUGUAACCAGUACUGUGCAAGUAAUUUUAUCAAUAUUUCAUUCCAUGUGUUAUAGAAAAAGAUAGCUUAAUUUGAUUUUUGAAAUGCUGUUAAUGUAAAGACAUUUAUUUUGAUUUUUUUUGUAAAAAGGAAAUAUUUUGUCAGCAGCUACUGCAUACCUGGUAGUGAUGUUGAUAUUAAAAAAAAAAGUCCAGUAAAUAAGGGUUGAUGUAUGACUUUUAACAUGCAUUUCAUUUUAAGAAAGUUAGACAGUUGAAAAUAUUGUUUUUGUUUGGCUGAAACAACAGUUACGUCCUUGUAUUGUUUUGCCUGUUUAUUUGUUUAUCUUUUGUAUAUUAUUUUAUGUUUUCUUGUAGAAUGCAUUUGUUUUGUUACAUAUAAGGCCAUGCCAAGUUUAUUUUGAGUUAAGUCUCACAUUUCGGUUGGGGGGGGGGGGGGGGGGGAACCAGCUGCCGAAAAAUUGAUAUAUUUGGCAAAAAUCAUGUUUGUAUUUUAAAUUUUGUUCUUUCAUUUUAGUAAAUUAGGUUUGUGUUUUGUUGUGAACACAUAGGAUGCAAACAUGGAAAAUUGUUGGCUUGACUUCAUCGUAUGUCAUAACUGGGCCCGCCCAAACUUACAAAGAUGUAUAAAAAGUUUUAUUUAUUCUAUUGAAUGGUGCAUAUGAAAAAUCCCUAUUAAGGAUUUUUAUUAUUAUUAUAUUAUUAAUUGUACAUUUGUAUGAAUGAAAAUGUGCUCAUAUAUUUUAUGAAUGAUUAUGUAAGAUUUUGAUUCCUUUUAAAGAAAAUUUUGUACAUUUAGAAAUAAGAGUUGUGUGCAAGUGUACACAGCAUACAGUUAUUACAUGUAUUAUACAAUUUAACCCUUAGCCUGCUGCAGGCGAAUUUAACAGCCAUUUCUUCCAAUUUUGGAGCAAAUUGAAUGAACUUUACAAUUUUAGCAGACGACAUUUCCAGCAGACGACAAUUUAUCUAGCAUGCUAAGGGUUAAUUAUGUCAUACACAGGAACGCAUAUGUGUAUAUGGAGUUUUGGAUACACAAGCUACACUUUUACGCAAACACUUUGUCAGAAAUCUAGAAACGUAUUUGUAAGUUCAGCUGAAAGUCAUGCAGAAAUUCAAACUUGAGAUGUAAACUAUUUCUUAAAACUGGAUUUUAUUUGUAGGAUAUCUUUAGAUUGUUCUUGAUGAAACCUGAAACCUUUUCUUUUUGUCAUAGUCAAAAAUUAUAUUCCUUGGUAGGGACAUAUUCUGUCAAAUUUAUAGCAGAAAAUUUUCAAUUGGGUGGUCAUUUACUUUUGAAGAAGUGGUUCGGAAAAUGGGAAAACUGAAUCGUUUAUGACGGAAUCAUCUUUAAAAGCAUUAAAACUCCCUACCAUAAUCAACAAACUUUUCUUUUUAAAUUAUGACUGAAAUUUAGCAGUUCUCAAGAGCUCAACAUUUGGUCCACCUAGUCCUGACAAGUAUGGUCGGGAAAGCAUAUAUUGAUGUUUUACAUGUAUUUCUAUGGGAUUACAUGUUCCUGGAUGGGGAGUGUUUAUUUCAAUUGUAUAUAGCAAAUACUGUAAUGAAGUUGCUAAAACGAAGAUGCCGUUUUGUACAAUGGAUAGGAGAUUGAGUCCAUGUAACUAACAUUAUUUGUUUCAUUCAGAAUUCCUGUUUUUAGCUGGACUAUUCGAAGAAUAGUCUAGCUAUUCUACUCACCCUGGCUUCGGCAUUGGCGUCACACUUUGGUUAAAGUUUUGCAUGCAAGUACAUAUGCCUAUCAUUUAAAAGCAUAUAGCUUUGAAACUUAUUUUUUCUUUUUCUAGGUCAGUUACCAACCUCACUGGGUCAAGUCCCAUAACUCUGACAUGUAUUUUGGGCAAAUUAUGCCCCUUUUUGGACUUAAAAAAUUCUGGUUAAAGUUUUGCGUCUGCAAAACAAAUGCAGAUAUCAAAUUAAAACUUCACAUGUGCCCUUGGGGUUAUAAAACUAGUUGAUUGCAUCAAGUCUCAUAACUCUGACUUGUAUUUUGGGCAAAUUAUGUCCCCUUUUGGACUUAGAAAACUUCUGGUUAAAGUUUUGGCUGAAACUCUAUUGUGACAACGAUUCAAAUAGUCGAGCACUGGCUGUCUUAUGGACAGCUCUUGUUAUUAUUCAUUAUUAUAGUGCAGUAAGGAUGUAGAUCACAUGAAGGUUUUUUAACUUUCAGUCUGUUCAUCUUCUUUCAUUUAAUUGAGUAAGAUAUAGAAGAUAUAUUACACCAGUAAUAACAGGACAUCUGUACUAUAUGACUGUCUGUUGCUCCUUAUCAUCGGUGUCUUCUGCAAAAUACUAUAUCACGACUGUCUGCUGCACUUUAUCAGUGAUAUCUUCCGCAGAAUUGUAUGGCAUGACUGUCUGCUACUCUUAGUCAGUGAUAUCCUAGCAGAAUUCUGUAUCGUAAGACCAUUUGCUACUCUUUGUCAGUGAUAUCUUCCGCAGAAGUCCGUAUCACAUGACCGUCUGCUACUCAUUAUCACCGAUAUCUUCUACAGAAUUCUAUAUCACAUGACCGUCUGCUAAUUAUACGACUGUCUGCUACUCUCCAUCAUCGGUAUCUUCAGCAGGAUAUUGUAUCAAAUGACUGUCUGCUGAUCAAAUGACUUUAUCACAAGUAUCUUCUGUGCUCUUUAGCAGUGGUUAUUUUCUGCAGAAUGGUGAAGAUUGAGUAGUGUUUGAAAUGAUGAUAAAUAGCCUUAUCACAUAAUGCACAUAUUCAUAAAAAUUCAACUCUCAGCCAAUUCUUAAAAAUUCAACUCGCAGCCCAUUCUUCAGAAUUCAACUCUCAGCCAAUUCUUAAAAAUUCAACUCUCAGCCAAUUCUUAAAAACUCAACUCUCAGCCAGUUCUCAUUUUGUAUAUAAUGCAGCUUUAUAUUCACAAUUAUUACACGACUCUGUGUACAAAUUGCCAGUUCAUAGGUUGUGCUAUAUGACAGGUCUAUAUUCAAUGCAUGAUGGCUAGUUAGUGAAAAAUUGUAAAAUAAUUGUGAAAAUUAAUUUCUGAAAAGCAGAAAAAAAACUGUAAACUGAUUUCUGUCAUGUAAUAAAACAUUUAUUGAAUAGCUUGCAAGUGUAUAAGAGCUUAAAUUUGCGAGUUACAUUGUUUGUAAAUAUUAGUGGAAAAAGUAAAACCCUAGAUGAUAUUAUCCAGUUUAUAGUAGAUGGCAUUAAAUAAAUGGAAUAGAUUUUAAUAUAAAAUGACCUUUUCAGGGCAGUUUUCUUGUCAUAAUUACCAACUCAUCCUCUCAAAAAAUACACAAGGCAAUUUGUCUGAGCUCUGUGUGUCACAUAAAAUAACAAUCCAGAUCUACAGCACUUGGAAAUAGGACUCUAGUCUUGCCUGAGAUUAAUGAUUCACCUUACUGUGAAACCAGUAAUUAGUACAAGACUCUUGCAUUUCAUGUAUAAAGUGGCAUCUUGCAUUAGCAUUCUUUAUUUUUGUUUUACUUAAUAUAUUUUGCUUUGUUAAUUUCAUAUUCGAUCAUUUCCUGUGUAAUUAUUUGAAAUGAUCUUGUACAAAUACUGGAUUGAGAAAAUAUGUAUUAUUAUUGAAAUUGAAAAUAUGCUAAACAAUACUGCAUUUGACUAUAAUUUAAUGAGUAAUUGAUAUUGUCCUCCUACGUUUUCCUUUUUGCAUUUUAAAAAAAUCAUUUGUCUUGAAACAGACAAAUGUUUACAUAAUACGGACAAUAUCAAAACAAAAAAAAAAUAAUGUAUAAUAAUUUUUGUGUUCAUUCAUAUUUUACUGUUUACAAUGUAAAAUUUCAUAAUAUGUAAUGAGCCAGAAAUUUUAUUAAAAUUAUAACUGAAG